GAUGCAUUGCUGCGUCUCAGAGGAACGACAACGUCUACGUCUCAGGGAUUUCUAACGCGUGUGGGGACGUGGCGGAGCUCCUGCGGGCGUCCAGUGGGGUCAUCACCAGUCCUGGUUGGCCCUUUCAGUAUCCAUCGCGACUGAACUGCAGCUGGAACAUCAGAGCGCAUCCUGGAGACAGCGUCACCAUCAGUUUUCAGGACUUUGACCUGCAGGGAUCCCACCGCUGCUCCUCAGACUGGAUGUCCAUCAGCAGCUACAGGAGCCUGGACGGACUGAGGGUCUGUGGCGCCGCCCUGCCGCCGCCGUACAUCUCCUCCCAGGACCACGUUUGGAUCCACUUCCACUCAGACGAUACGCUGACUGGGAAGGGCUUCAGGCUGUCCUACAUCACUGGUAAGCCGGAGGCGUCCAGCUGUGACGUGGACCAGUUUCACUGCUCUAAUGGGAAGUGCAUCCCAGACUGGUGGCGAUGUAACUCGAUGGACGAGUGCGGAGACAACUCGGACGAGGAGCUGUGUGUGGAGUCGCCGUUCUCCUUCCAGCCCUGCAGCCUGAACCAGUUCCCCUGCCUGUCCCGCUACACCCGCAUCUACACCUGCCUGCCCCACAGCCUGCGCUGCGACGGCAGCAUCGACUGCCAGGUACCACACCAGUUCACCCAGUCCACCACUGCACACU